AUGCUGCAGUCCAAAAAAGGCAAGGAGAAAAAGGCAAGGAGAAAAAGGCAAGGAGAAAAAGGCAAGGAGAAAAAGGCAAGGAGAAAAAGGCAAGGAGAAAAAGGCAAGGAGAAAAAGGCAAGGAGAAAAAGGCAAGGAGAAAAAGGCAAGGAGAAAAAGGCAAGGAGAAAAAGGCAAGGAGAAAAAGGCAAGGAGAAAAAGGCAAGGAGAAAAAGGCAAGGAGAAAAAGGCAAGGAGAAAAAGGCAAGGAGAAAAAGGCAAGGAGAAGAAGGCAAGGAGAAGAAGGCAAGGAGAAGAAGGCAAGGAGAAGAAGGCAAGGAGAAGAAGGCAAGGAGAAGAAGGCAAGGAGAAGAAGGCAAGGAGAAGAAGGCAAGGAGAAGAAGGCAAGGAGAAGAAGGCAAGGAGAAGAAGGCAAGGAGAAGAAGGCAAGGAGAAGAAGGCAAGGAGAAAAAGGCAAGGAGAAAAAGGCAAGGAGAAAAAGGCAAGGAGAAAAAGGCAAGGAGAAGAAGGCAAGGAGAAGAAGGCAAGGAGAAGAAGGCAAGGAGAAGAAGGCAAGGAGAAGAAGGCAAGGAGAAGAAGGCAAGGAGAAGAAGGCAAGGAGAAGAAGGCAAGGAGAAGAAGGCAAGGAGAAGAAGGCAAGGAGAAGAAGGCAAGGAGAAGAAGGCAAGGAGAAGAAGGCAAGGAGAAGAAGGCAAGGAGAAGAAGGCAAGGAGAAGAAGGCAAGGAGAAGAAGGCAAGGAGAAAAAGGCAAGGAGAAGAAGGCAAGGAGAAAAAGGCAAGGAGAAGAAGGCAAGGAGAAAAAGGCAAGGAGAAAAAGGCAAGGAGAAAAAGGCAAGGAGAAAAAGGCAAGGAGAAGAAGGCAAGGAGAAAAAGGCAAGGAGAAAAAGGCAAGGAGAAAAAGGAGCCGGCGCCGCGUCGGCGGCGGGCGAACCUCUGGGGCGCGACCCGCUCGCCUGGUGUCUCUAG